UCGAGUGGAAGAGCGAGACACAGUUCGAGUUAACACAAAUUCAAUAGUUUUUUGCUGUGCGUGUUGAUUGCAGUGUGAUAUACUUCAAAUUUUUAUAUAUUUUAUUUAAAGAUAUAUAAAUUUGCAAAUAUGAAGGCUGUAAGUGUACUGUGCCCAGAAUCUGGAAUAACUGGUGUGACCGCUGGUAGAGUGUCGAGGCAGAGGAAGGAUAUCGAGAACGAGGAGAUCCAGAUGUACCUGAGCAAGCUGAAGGACCUGGUGCCGUUCAUGCCUAAGAACAGGAAACUCUCCAAGCUGGAGGUCAUCCAGUACGUGAUUGACUACAUCUGCGAUCUUCAGAGUGCCCUGGAAACGCAUCCGGCGGUGAACGCUUUCGACGCCGCCGCCGCCCUCAGCCAGAGGAAAUCGCAGACGGCUGCGAGUCCAAGGCAACCUUUGGGAGUCAGGCCAAGCCCGAACACCAUCCUGACACCCUGCGAAGCUCCGGUCCUUCCCCACGUCACGACACCUGAGAAACUUUCACCGUCAGAUGGACGACCAGUCUCGUGUUAAAAAUACACAUCGUGUUACAAUCUAGUAGUGAUCAUCAUCCUCAUUCCAACCAAAAUUUCUUGGACAUGCAAACCAUGCUCAGACGACACAAUGGAAAGGAGAAGAAGAAGUAGAGAGAGAGAAAAAAAAAUAUAUAAGCGAAUCAACCAUCCACCACCCCACAAACAACAUCUUCAUACUUUAAUUUGACUGAAUUUUUAUUUAAUUUUCUGCCUGAGGAUUCGAGUGAAAGAGCGUGUUAAUUAU